CACCGCAUCCGCUCCUCUGAACGCGGGUCCGCACUGGGAUGGACACCGGAGGACAGUUCUGACCAUCCAGGAACCAUGCCUACUGUCCUCGGUGGCAAAGGGAAACUUUCCGUGGUCUGUUUUCUGCUCCGAUGCGCUUAUUCUCAGGUAACAAGGAAUCAACACAACAGCUGUGCCAAAGAUAUCCUGGAGGACAUGACUCAGUCCUGGCCGUCCCAGCAAGCCUUAGGGGGUGACCAGGCGCAGCGAAUUCUCUACAACCCAAAGGAUGCAAAACAGCCAACUACGCAACAAAGGCAAAGUCGGGGGGAUGUUCAGCUGCGAAUGACCCGACACCCUCAUGUGGCGCCUCACAAAUCCAUGCUUGCAGAUGAUCUAAAGCUGAGCAGUGAUGAGGAUGAGACUCAAAGGGCUACUCAUGAGUCAACCUCCUGGGACGGACACAGCCUGUCAGCACAGCGAGUGCACACACAUGGCAGGCGGGUGAGACAUUCCAGCUCGGACUCUUCGGCUUCAGACUCCUCUGGUGAGUCCAGCAGCAGUAGCCUUUACUCCCGGAGCCGGAGCAGGAGUCCUGGAGUUCCUGUGUCGCCUACUAACACACAACCCCUCUGCAAAAGGAAGGAGUCUGAUCACCCCUCUGCAGCCCAGUGGCAGUUGGAUAAGUGGCUAAAGAAGGCCCGGAAAAAAUCAUCCAGUGGUGAACAGGAUCCCUCCCAGAGCAUUCCAGGACGCCUGCCUUCUCCACACGCCCAAAGAGCCCCAUCUCCAGCCAGGUCCUGGGACAGCAACGAAGAAUACAGCCCUAGCCAGACCCCUAUACCUAGCCCACAGUUCAAUUACAGACAAAGUCACAGCCCCCUUCCCAGCCCUGGGUACAGUUUUUGCCCCAGCCCCAGCCCAUUCCCCAGCACCUGUCCAAGUCCCAGCCCUAGCCCGAAGCACAACCCUAUCCCAAGCCCAGUUCUAAGUGUUUGCCCAAGUCCGUGUGGAAGCCCAAGACUCAGCCGGAGCCCUAGCCCGAUACCAAGAGAUCCUCCAAGAAGCCCAAGUCCAAGCCUACCUUCCUCCCGGGUUCAUCAGGUUCAGAGUCAUCAAACGCAGCCAAACCAAACGCAACACAGCCUAGCAGCCACUCCCCAUACAAAAAAAGGUAGAUCAUGGAAUGCCUCUUUUUCAAACAGUGGCACCAGAAAUAAGGAUGUAAAUUGUACAUAUCCUCAACAACCUCACCAAUACAGGCACAAGACUAGACCUGCACAAGACCAAGACUUGAGCCAAAACAAGUCCAAGACUUCUUCUAUUUUAAACUCAAACCACAAUCACAAAUCUAGACCCAGGCCUAAUUUUAAUCAAACCCCUAAUCAGCUCACGGAGACUCUCAAAUCCAAACAUACGCCAAACUUUGAGCAAAGCGGUAAAUCCAUUCACAAGUCCCAGCCUUCGUUUCAUCACAGCUCACAAAACAGGUCCACUAAACCAAAGCACUCCACUGCCACUAGCCGUGAAAACAGUGGCAAAGCUGUUCACAGUUCUCAUUCCCUGUCUACCUCUAAAACUGCUGCUACCGGUGGGUCAAGCUUUGGAUCAAGCCCGAGCCUAAAAUCUAGAGCUAAGUCUGGGGAAGCUGCAGGUUCAACCUCUGUGCAUGUUAGUCAUUUAAAACCAUCACAAAAGAAACCAGAGUCCAAGGAGCAGGAGGAGAACCACAGAGAGCUUCAUUAUCAUCAUCAUCCUCAUCAUCAAGCAGAGGGGAGACAACACGAAAGGAAAGAGGACCGACGCAGGGAAAAGCCACAGGCUAAGCCGGAAAGAAAGGAAGACAAAAGGCUGGCGGAGGAGCAGCUACUGAGACGUCCCUGGAUCCAGAGUUCAGAGGAAGAGGAGGAAGAGGAGGAAGAGGAGGAGGAGGAGGAGGGCACACCAGAGAGGGAGAGGAGAAGAGAAGAAACAGUAAGAGGGGAAAAUCAGAGGAGGAGGGAGCAGCAUCACAGACGCGAAUGGCAAACAGUCCAGGCCAAACAGAGACUGCCCACCAGCACCGACCGACACCGCCUUCAAGACGACUCACACCACCAGAAGACAACCAAAAAGGGAGGGAGAACUGAGGAGGACAAAGACGCUUCACCUCCACCGUCACAUACGCCAACUCCCACUAGCCCAUCCUCUGAGUCCUCUACCUCCUCCUCAAGUUUAGAUACAGAAUCUGAAUAUCAGGCUCCUAUCACCAAAGUUCCUGCCGACUCUACCUCACAAAGAAUCAAUAGAAGGCAACAACGUCCAGGCAGAGCUGACACCAACAGGUUGAAAGCGGUACAUCCCAGAGGGCCCAGUACAACUGUCCCGAGUGAGAGGCAGCAGAGUGAGUGUAGGCAGAAACUCUACACCUUGGUCCCAUUUGGGCGAGGUGAGAAGGCUGCAGCCUCCUCUCAUCGAGGCCUGAGAAAUUUGGUUGUGCAAAUAGACCUCUGCCUUCUUAAAAGAGUUCCAGAUAGCACUACCUGUUCCACCGUUAAGAAACCUUCCUCUUCCUCUUCUUCAACAAAGGACAAACAAAGAGAGGCUAUGAAACACUUGUAUGUCCCCGAGCCUGUGAAUAAAGACAGCAAAAGGAAACGCAAGCUGGAGAACGGAGUGUCACACCGAGAAAGUAAGAGGAGCGUACCUUAUGCAAAUGAUCUCUCAGGUCACACAGACUCUUCAUCACACAGAGCUGAGCACAAUUUCUCAACAGAGACAACACACAAUGGGUACUUGGAGGAAUACUUAGACAGCAAAAGGCCACUUUCUCCUUUGUCUCCACUGUCUGACAGUCCUGAGUCCACCAAGCCCUCCUCUCAAAUCAAGACUACGGAGCAGCAUCAUGUCCACAAGAACAGAGAAAAGAACAGAGACUCUGCUGUAAAGCCCAAGAUGGAAGUGGAAUGUGUAAAAGUGUCAAAACAUCCUCAGGCAUCAGGUGAAUCCUGGGGUCCUUCAGGACACAGGGGGACCAUGCCUAACCAUGAAACUCCACACCAUGCAGAGUACUACUUACAUGAAGCCAAAAGGAUGAAGCAUCGAGCAGACGCAAUGGUGGAUAAACUGGGGAAGGCUGUGAAUUACGUCGAUGCCGCUCUCUCCUUCAUGGAAUGUGGGAAAGCAAUGGAGGAAGGGCCUCUGGAAGCCAAGUCUCCCUACACCAUGUACUCAGAGACAGUGGAGCUUAUUAGGUACGCAAUGAGGCUGAAGAGCCACUCCGGCCCUGGGGCCAGACAGGAAGACAAACAGCUGGCGGUUCUGUGUUUCCGAUGCCUUGCCCUUCUUUACUGGCAGAUGUUUCGUUUAAAGAAGGACCAUGCACUGAAAUACUCCAAAGUUCUACUGGACUAUUUUAAGAGUUCUCCCAAAGUGCCUCCUGCACCAGUCUGUUGGACUGACUCUGGGAAAGGUGUCGGUGGACCCCCUUCAUCACUGUCCCCCAAUGCCAAACACCUAGGGCGGGGUUCACAAGGGGGCAGCACCUCCCCUUCUCUCAUAAGCAUUCCCCAACGUAUCCACCAGAUGGCAGCAAAUCACUUGAACAUUACCAACAGCGUCCUGUACAGCUAUGAGUACUGGGAGGUGGCAGACAACCUCGCAAAGGAGAAUAAAGAGUUCUUCAACUACUUGAAUACAUUGUCUGGACCACUGACACUUCACAGCAGCAUUGCUCAUGCAGUCCAGUACACCAGACAGGCUCUUCAGUGGAUACGCAUCAGUGCCAAACUUAACUAAAAAGGAGACCUCUCCACUGGACCCAGGCCUCCGUGAAAGGAAACAAAAUCCUGGACUAUUUCUAUGCAGCUUUAAAGGAUAGUGCUGAUAGCUACAUAUGAGCUGUUUGGAACUAGGAUGGAUGUAAUCCCAGGGAGUCUAAUACCUGUCAUCCUCAUAGGAUGUUGCUGUGCUUGCCAUCUGAAUCAGCCACAUGCCAUGUUAUCAGUGACAAACUCUGAGUUUGAAGCAUUUUUCUAUUCUCCUUCUGAAGGAGAAGCCUUUGAACUUCUCACAGAUUAACCACAUGGACCACAUCCUCAUCGCUGGAUUAUUCUGAAGAUGUGUGUGAAGGAAGUAUUGUAUGCCAAAUGUUCCAUGGUAAGGGAAACAGGACUUGCAUAUAAAAACAAUUUCUGUUCUUUGGAAUUUUAUCAUCUAGUGGACUAUUUCAGUCAGAACAGGCAUCGGUCAUACACCACUGUCCCAAAAACAGGAAAUUGUAUGUGUUUUUUGCUAAUGAAGGUUUAAAUGACUCUUACUUUGAAAAUAUCUGAUUUUUUUUUUUAACUAUUAUGUGUUUUUACUGUGCAAUACUUGAUGUAUUAUCAUUUUCUUAGAAAACAAAAAGGACGAGACAAUAAAAUAUUGGUGAGUUAUGAUGCUCGCUGAAUAUACUGUAAUGCUCAGAGAAACAUUUUUGACUCAAUUUUCAACCAUAUUUGGUAUUUUUUUGUAUUUAAUAUUUAUGGUAAUGAAU